GCCAUCAUGCCUCAAACCAGAUCCCAGACACAAGCUACCAUCGGUUUUCCGAAAAAGAAGCUAUCUAAUGCCCAGAAGAAAACCAACUCCCGGGACUGUGAAGUGAAACUUAGAAACGUCCAGCCUGUACCCACCACUCCGUGUGCAGACGUAAAACUUCUGCCUCUCAGUCCCCGAAAACGUUUGGGCGAUGACAACCUGUGCAACACUCCCCGAUUAUCUCCCUGUUCUCCACCAAAGCUGGGCAAGAAAGAAAACGGACCCCCUCGCUCCCAUACGUCGAAGGGGUGCAGAUUAGUAUUCGAUGAUGAGCCGACAGUUAAGGCUUCCCCCAAAAAAGAACAAGACAGAGUUCGCCAACACCAGAUACGUUCCUCCUCCGCUCAGAGAAGUCCAGAGAGAGAAACAGAUCCUGAGCAGAAAUGUCCACCGGAGAAGGAGUCUGUGUGUAUAAGACUGUUCAAGCAAGAAGGCACUUGCUGUCAGCAAGCAAAGCUUGUCCUGAAUACAGCUGUCCCGGAUCGGCUGCCUGCCAGAGAGCAGGAGAUGGGUGUCAUCAGGAAUUUUCUGAAGGAGCACAUCUGUGGGAAGAAAGCUGGCAGUCUCUACCUUUCUGGCGCUCCAGGAACUGGAAAAACUGCCUGUUUAAGCCGGAUUCUGCAAGACUUCAAGGAAGUAAAAGGCUUUAAAUCUAUCCUGCUGAAUUGCAUGUCCCUGAGGAGUGCCCAGGCUGUGUUCCCAGCUAUUGCUCAGGAGAUUGGUCGGGAGGAGCUGUGCAGACCAGCUGGGAAGGACUUGAUGAGAAAACUGGAAAAGCACUUGAUGGUGGAGAAAGGCCCCAUGAUCGUAUUGGUGUUGGACGAGAUGGAUCCGCUGGACAGCAAAGGGCAGGAUGUAUUAUACACACUGUUUGAGUGGCCGUGGCUAAGCAACUCCCGAUUGGUGCUCAUUGGGAUUGCUAAUACCCUAGAUCUCACGGACAGAAUCCUGCCGAGACUUGAAGCUCGCGAAAACUGUAAGCCGCAGUUAUUGAACUUCCCGCCUUAUACCAGGAAUCAGAUAGCUGCCAUCUUGCAGGAUAGACUUAAUCGGGUGUCAAAAGACCAGGUUCUGGACAGUGCUGCGAUCCAGUUCUGUGCCCGCAAAGUGUCUGCUGUUUCAGGAGACAUCCGUAAAGCACUGGAUGUUUGCAGGUGAGCUAUUGAAAUUGUGGAGUCGGAUGUCAGGAGCCAGACAGUCCUCAAACCACUCUCCGAAGGUAAAUCACCCAGCAAGUCGCCGGUUCCCAAGCGCGUUGGUCUUGCUCACACAUCCCAAGUCAUUUCGGAAGUUGAUGGGAAUAGGGUGACUUUGAGCCAAGAAAACACACAGGAUUCCCUUCCUCUCCAGCAGAAGAUCCUGGUUUGCUCUUUGCUGCUCUUGACCAGGCGGCUGAAAAUCAAAGAGGUCACCCUGGGGAAGUUAUAUGAAGCCUACAGUAGCAUCUGUCGCAAACAGCAGGUGACGGCCGUAGACCAGUCUGAGUGUUUGUCCCUUUCAGGACUCCUGGAGUUCAGGGGCCUUGUGGGAUUAAAGAAAAAUAAGGAGAGCCGCCUCACCAAGGUGUCUCUGAAGAUUGAAGAAAAGGAAAUAGAACAUGUCCUGAAAGGCAAAGCUUUCACUGGGAACAUCCUCGCUGCUGGUCUGCCCUGAAUGGCUCUCUUACUCACGGCGCUUGCAGGUGUCCCUCCCGCUGGCAUUUGGCAGCCCCUGGAAUCUUCAUUUUAGUAAGGUCGUUUGGAAACAGUUACGGCCCUUUUUACUCCGCACCAGUAAAUUUUAGUGUAUGGAUUCAUGAGUGUUAGCGCUGGCUAAUAUCUUUGGCUCUUAUUGGUUUUACCCAUAAAAAUGACUGAGUAGCUGGGUGUGGUGACUUUUAUGCCUGUGAUCCCAGCACUUGGGAAAUAGAGUC